ACCUCGAUCCGAUCGCGUCCGAAAGGCAUCAAGUGCUCCGUUUUGCCUUUCGGAAUUACAAUUUGCAUUCAAAGAAAAAAAAAUACGGUUAAAAAGUUCAACAAAUAGUGAUUUUAAAGCUUCGAUUAAUAUCGAUAUUUGCUUUUUGAAAAUUGCUAUUAUUCAUCACCUGAGAAGAAAUCUGGAACCAGAAGUUAUAUUCUCUCUCUGUUUCUGAUGGUUCGAAAAAGGUGACAUCGAUUAAAGAUCAUUUUCGAAGAUUCAUCUCGCGUGGAUUAGAAUGAUAAAAGUCAUCAAAUACUUUGGAUAUUAAAUUACGUAGAGGAAGUUUCAUAACUCAAGUUUCGUAAGAUUCCAUAUAGGAAGUGCAAUUUGCGAAACGUUUCACUUUUCUUCUUUUUUUUUUUUUGUUUUGUUACUACAUAGUGUUCAUUUAGUGUUGGAUUCUGGUUUCUGUGUGAAAUCUGUGCAAGGAUUGAAUUUCUCUGGGGUCCAGAACGCCGGAAAUCUUUUCUAAAUUGCACGGGAAACGAAGAGCAGUGUAAAGAUGAAGUGCUUUUCUUUUCAAGGAUUCUAAGGAUUUUUCAGGAUGCAUACCGAGUGGCAGAAGGGUGAUUUGGUGUGGUUUGAUCCAGGAGUUGGUCAUGUUCUACCAGGCGAGGUUCUGGAGCAUCACAAAGCGGCGAACGUUUUGUCAGUGCAGGCAGUCAUCGCUGGAAAGCCUCAAAUCUUUACUCUUACGAAUCUCAGUGGAGUCAAACAAAGACAGGAUUUAGGUCAAAAUGGUGUUGAGGAUAUGAUUCAACUUUCUGAUUUAAACGAGGCAUCUUUACUAUGGAAUCUGAAAAUUCGUUACGACAAGGAAUUAAUUUAUACUUAUACUGGCAGUAUCCUAGUCGCUGUCAAUCCAUACAAGAUGUUCGAUAUUUACGGUUUGGACCAAGUGAAAUUAUAUGAGGGUAGAAUCUUGGGAACAUUACCACCACAUCUUUUCGCGGUUGGAUCAUCGGCUUACAGUCAAGUAACUGCUGCCAACAAUGCAAGUGCCAAUCAAGUCGUAGUGAUCUCCGGUGAAUCUGGUUCAGGGAAAACCGAAUCGACGAAAUUGGUAAUGCAAUAUCUUGCGGCCGUAAAUCGAGCGCCUAGUAAUUUAGUUACAGAACAAAUUUUGGAGGCCGCGCCACUUCUUGAGAGUUUUGGAAAUGCCAAGACCCCAAGGAACAAUAAUAGCAGUCGUUUUGGAAAAUACUUAGAAGUCCACUUUCGAGAUGGUGUUAUUGUUGGAGGGAGAGUCACGCAGUAUCUUUUGGAAAAAAGUAGAAUUGUUACCCAGGCCACGGACGAAAGAAACUACCAUGUUUUCUAUGAACUUUUAGCCGGUUUGGAUCAACAAUUAAGAGAUAAAUAUGGACUUUUAAAACCCGAUAAAUACUUUUAUCUAAAUCAGGGAGGAAAUUGUGAAAUUGAUGGAAAAAAUGAUACGCAAGAUUUUAAAGCUCUUUUGUCGGCCAUGCAAGUACUGGGAUUCACGUCUGAGGAACAGGAUACGAUAUUUAAAAUUCUAAGCAGUGUUCUUCAUUUAGGAAAUGUUUAUUUUCAUCGAAAACAAAUGAGACACGGUCAAGAAGGUGUUGAGGUAGGAUCGGAUGCGGAAAUUCGUUGGGCAGCUCAUCUUCUUCAAAUUAACGCCGACGGUAUCAUUAGGGCGUUAACGACAAAAACUACUGAAGCAAGAAAUGAAAGAGUAUUGACUGCCUUAAAUAUUGAUCAAGCUCUUGAUGCUAGAGAUGCUUUUGCAAAGGCUCUAUAUAGUUCUCUAUUUUCUUGGUUAGUUGCCCGAGUUAAUCAUAUUGUUUACAAAGGAACAAAACAAACAGCGGCCAUUUCAAUCCUUGAUAUUUUUGGCUUCGAAAAUUUCACCGAAAAUAGCUUUGAACAACUUUGCAUCAAUUAUGCAAAUGAAAAUCUCCAUUUUUACUUUAACAAACAUAUUUUUAAACUCGAACAACAGGAAUAUGCGAAAGAAAAAAUUGACUGGACCACAAUUAAUUAUACGGACAAUUUUCCAGUCAUUCACUUGAUAGCAAAGAAACCAGUGGGGAUUUUGCAUCUUCUCGACGAUGAGAGCAACUUUCCAAAAGCCACAGAUUUAUCGUUUCUGGAAAAGUGCCAUUACAAUCACGCUUUAAGUGAAUUGUAUUCAAGGCCAAGGAUGAACUCGGCUGAAUUUGCAAUCAAGCAUUACGCCGGGCAAGUUUGGUAUAAUGUUGAUGGAUUUCUGGACAAGAACAGAGACACUUUGAGAUCCGAUGUCGUUGAAUUGCUCAUUAGUAGUAAAAUUCAGAUGGUGAGCAAAAUGUUUCAACACGUGAGAAAUACUCAUGAAGCGAACAAAACCGUGAACAAACCAAAUGGUAGAUUCGUCACGAUGAAACCAAGAACACCAACCGUAUCUGCUCGAUUUCACGAUAGUUUGCAACAACUUCUCGAAUCCAUGUCCCAAUGUAAUCCAUGGUUUGUUCGUUGCAUAAAGCCAAACACUGAGAAAGCACCAAUGAAAUUCGACAUGCCGUGCGUUCUUGAACAGCUUCGUUACACGGGAAUGUUGGAGACAAUUCGCAUUCGUAAAACCGGAUAUCCAGUUCGUCUUCUCUUUGCUCAUUUUGUUGAUCGAUAUCGAUAUUUGGUUCCAAAUCGACUACCAAGAGGUGCGCCAAAUAAGGAACUUUGUCGUCUUAUUCUCGAAAAAGCUGCUCCAAAGGAGGCUCAAAAUCAAUAUCAGCUUGGACUAACGAGGGUCUUUUUGCGAGAAUCACUCGAGAGAACUCUCGAAUACAAUAGAGCUUUGAUUUUGGAAAAAGCCGCAAUCACCGUUCAAAGAUACACUCGGGGAUUUUUGGCUCGAAGACGUUUUCUCAAUAUUUCCCGGAGUACGGUACUUUUACAAGCAGUCUACCGUGGCUAUAGAGAGAAAAAGAAGUACAGGGCUCUAAAAAAAGGUGUACUCAUGGCGCAAAAACUUUUCCGAGGCAAGGUAGAACGAGAAAAAUUCAAAGUUUUAAAAGAAGAAAUGGCUAAACGUGCCGAAAUCGAAAGAGCCAGCCGGGAAAGAGCCAAAGCUAAACAACAACGAGAGGAACAAGAAAGAGCAUCAAGAGCUGUGGCCGGUGUCAAUCAUCUUGAAAUUCCUGCAGAACUUGCUUUUAUUUACAGCAAACUUGAUGACUGGCAGCCAACUCACACGGAGAGGAAUUUAAUAAAGGUCGUAGGAUCAGUUGUUCCGUUCCCAUACAAUUACAGUCUGCCAACUGACAUUGAUCAGCAUCAAUUUUCCAAGUUUACGAAUAUUUAUUUCAAGAGUCAUAUUUUUGGUAUGAAGAGAGAACCAAUAAAAACGCCAUUUUUAGCAAAAGCACGCGAUCAAGACUAUACUGAUUCAUUGAUGAUAUUUAAAAUGAUUCUUCGCUUUAUGAACGAAAAUAAUCUUAGUGGUAAGAGAGAGCAAGCCCUAGGAGAUUAUAUAAUUAAUAAGGGUAUUGUCAAUGAAAAAUUACGUGAUGAAAUUCUCUGUCAAUUGUCAAAUCAAACGUGGAAAAAUGAAAAUGACGCCAAUAAGGAGAGAGGAUGGUUAUUGCUUUCCAAUUGUCUUUCCGCCUUUCAGCCUAGUCCAACGCUUUUUAAAUAUUUGCUCAAAUACGUCUCAGAUCAUGCUUAUGAUGGCUAUAAAGCUUUCUGUCAGAGAAAAUUGCUUCAAGGCGAGAGAGCUUUAUUAAGAGCGACAAGCAAUGGUCAAACGACUGUACAACACGUUCCAAGAAAUUAUCCACCGUCUGUUUUGGAAUGGCGAGCAAAUAGGAAUCGUGUAAAUAUGGCUUUGAACGUUGGAUUCUACGAUGGUGAAACGACAACUUGCGCGGUUGACUCGUGGACAACAUGCGAGGAAUUGGCGAAUUUAGCGAUUCGCAAUCACGGCGUUGAAAAUAAUGGUUGGACAAUUACAUUAUGGAAUCAAUUGGAUGGACCAGAUGCAAUUGUCACUGAGACCAAUGGCUUUGAUUAUGUCCUUGAUCUUAUUUCCGAAAUGGAAUUAGCCCCCGCAUUCCCUGCCGCUAAGCACAUGUUUUUGGAGCAGAGAAAGAAUAGCUUCCCGCCAAUUAAGAAGAGAGAGCACACACAAGUCAUUCGUGAAUUGGAACAAAGCAAUGAGCCACCUGUACUCAAGACCUUCCAACCACUCGAGAGGAAACCAGUGCCAAAAGUUGUUGACAAACCGGUCGAGCCGGAAAUUCAAUCACCGAGACGUCCGGCAGUUCCACCACCUCAACCUCCAAUUUCAAAAGCACCAAUGAGAAAACAGUCACACGAGGGCAUUCUAGAAACGACCGAAAUGGGAUUGUCGAGAAAGUCGGCAUUGAACGAUAGAUACUUUGAAAAGGAAAAGCAACGAAGUAGAAGUUUGGAUAAUCUUCUUCAGCCAGAAAUUGUUGUGCCUCCAAGUAAACUCGCUGGUUUGGGAUUAUCAUCAUCGAAAUUAAAUGAACGUUAUCAUAGUUUAGAAAGAAUUGGCGAAGCUCCUGCUGUAAGUAAUGUGGAAUAUAUGACGAGAAAUGAAGUUGUACAAGAGAGAAAGUACAGCAGAAUAACAAGAAGUUCCGAGCCAAAUAUCCUUGAGGAGGAGGAUCUUACUAUUGAUUUUGAAUAUCCUGAUAUUCAAUCAGUCAGUCAAACAGGAAGAUCCGAGGAUGACAAAAACAGUUAUAUUCGGUCGCAGACUAGAUUCAUUAAAUCACAAUAUCCAGGAAAACGAGCACUGCCAGGAAGUCAAUCAAGCAGAGCAUACAUAGAAAAAAGUGAAUACGGAAUAAAAUCCUCGGCAAUGUCGGAUACGAGUGAAGCUCCAUCCCUUGCAUCUCACGUUCGUCGUGUACGCGUUCCUAGUCAAGCUUCCGACGUCGAUCAAUUUUUGGACGAUCUUUUUAUGCCAGUUCUUGAUGGUAAUUUGGAUGAGCUUUCAGACGCGAGAAGUCUCGCUGCAAGUAUCAAAGGAACAUCAUUCGAAGAAAAUGAAAUUCAAUCUAAGAAAAAUGUCAAUUCAAAUCAAAUGAAUACAGUCGAUGAUUUUGUGAAAGCAAUGAUUAGUUCUUAUGAAAGAAAUGAGACACAAUUGACAUCGAGUGUACUUGCUGAAAAGAUAAAAGGCGAUGGAAAUAUGGAUAAUGGGAAUCAAAAUGCUGCUUUCAAUUUUAAUGCUCUUGCUCAUGGAAUGAUGCCACCGGCAAUGAUGAUGCCAAUGUUCAGUCCACCUGCACCAGUUUCACCAGGACAAAAUCAAAAUAUGAACAGUAUGAAUAUGUCCUCUGGAUUUAUGCCAAUUCCUAUUUAUAAUAUGCAAGGACUCAAUUUACAUCAAUUCUCAAAUUCGCCACCUAAUCAAAAUAGUGAUAUGAUGGCGUAUCAACAAAAUCUUCAGAGAGCUUUUUUGCAACGUGCAAUGGCGCAAAAUAUUCAAAUUCAACAGCAAAUAUUGGCGCAGAAUCAGGCACUCCAUCAGCUAUUGGUUCAAAGUCCACAAAAUGCAUCACAAACGGAAUCAAAUGAAGCAGAUCUUUGGUCACCAGAAAAACGCCCAAUGCCAUCGCAUUCAACGCCAAUAAGUCAACGGCAAGAAACUGUGAUGGUAAAAGCACAAGUUCAUCGAUCUCAAAGUCCACCGAAGAAAAAUUCAGAUAUGAGAAAAACAAGUGUUGAAUAUGGACCAAGAAAAAUUAGUGUCGAUAGAAAAACAAUGAAUUCGACGCCUGAUUUAAAGAGAACUGGUUCCCAUAAAGGAAAUGUUCAAAAUAAUUUUACAAAUGUUCUCAGUGAAUUGAAAAAUAGAAAGAGUAGUGUUGAUAAUGGUCUUGUUUUCAAUAAAGGUGUUCCUCCACCACCACCGAUGCCACCACCUUUAGAAUCGCACGAUCCAUCAGAAUCGAGACCUUUCUUGGAUCCCUAUGGACGAGCAAAAACUGUUCGCAUUGGAAAAUGGAGAUGGCCUCCGUUGAGUGAUUCAAAUGAAGGUCAAAAUCAAGACAGUUUUAUUGAAUUUAAAAUGCGUCAACAACAACAGCAAAGAAAAAUCACUCCUCAUUAUCAAGAAUAUCAAGACGGGGAACCAAUGACCGAAGGUGGUGUUGAAUGGGAGGAAUUUGAGAUUGAAAAUAUUUCAAGUAAUGAAGAGAGAACAAUUGUUGUUCAUUCGUCAACUGCCGUUAUUAAACGACACGAAAACGGCUAUAAAGAAGAAACUGACAAGAAAAAGAAGAAAUCAAAAUCUGGAUUUGAAAUAGGAGCACAAAGACCUUCGCCUGGUAGCAUAGGAAAAUUGAAGUUAAGUUCAGAAAUGAGACAGAGGCUUGAGAUGGUAACUGCUAAUCACAGUGUGAGAUCGACAAAAACAACGGAAAAGCCUGCUUUGCCGAGAGAAGAUGGCAAGGUUAAGAGGCUAGAAGACAACAGGAAACUUCUUCUUGAGCAACAAUUAGGUGGUCGAUGGGACGAUUAUGCCUCGACUGCUGACGACACGCAAAGUGUAACUUCAAAGGGAACAACAGACAUGAUGACACAGGCGCAAGUUGUAAAAACUCAAAUUGAAAGGAUGGAGAGACCGAUUCCUCCACCUCCGCCAAUUACGCCUCCGGAACCUCCCAGUCCAAGGGGUGGAAGUGUCUACAGCAACAGUCAAUCAGGAGUGCCUCAACCAAAAUCGCCACCAGCACCCGUUGAGCCAAAGAAUCGAGACAUGUUUCGAAGUUCGCCCGAUUCUGAUACUUUCGAUCAUUUUGCAAAAAAUCAACGUGACAUGUUUAGUCAAAGCCGUGAUAUUUUUGCAUCUCAACAACAUUUACGCGAGAAUCAUGAAUUCCGCAACGAUUCAAGAAUGCAGGAUUCAAAAUCAAAAGAUUAUUUUGGCAAGGACAGCACUGAUAUGGCUAGUUCGGUACGUGAUCGAAAUUCUGAUUUUGAUUCGCGUAGAGAUAUGAAUUCUGACAUAUUCUCCGAAGCGAAAUAUGCGAGGGAAAUUUUCGAAAACAAUAAUGCUAAACGUGAUCCUUUUGGUAUGACAAGGGACGUUUCACCAAAAUCAAGAGACAGUUUUGGAAUGCCAUCGCCACGUGAUUUUGGUGUUGUGCCAAAUACACGUGAAUCAUUCACAGUCACACGACAGAGUUUCAAAAAAUUGGAUAAUGAUAUUGAUAGACGUUCGAGUAUUGCAUCGACACAUCGAACUGAUAAAAUGGAACGAAUUGAAAUUGAAGAAUGGCCAGAAUUUUUAAAACCCGUUUUGCCACCAGCUGAUAAACAGGAAAUUGAAAAAGUUCAAGAAAUAUUGGAUACAAAAUUAUAUCCACAAACAUCGCAGGCACAUUUUACUUAUAAUAGAGUCACGUGGACACUUCGUGUUAAGAAGGAAGUUUUUGCUCCCAAUGAGAGUUUAACAACGCCACUCGCAUUGCAUUUGGUAUUUUGUCAAGUUGCUUACGAUGUAUUGGCCACAUCGAAUAUUAGAAUCUCAAAAGAAGACAGACAAAAUAUGCUCAAACUAUUGGAUAAUUAUGGAGUUACUCUGGAUAAUCUUCAAAGCACUCAACACAAGAUUACGAUUAAAAAGAAUAUUGUCGAUUUAGCCAAACAAUGGCCUCUUUACUUCGCUAGAAUUUUCCCCGUAUCGAUUGGACCUCAGCAUCCAGAAGUUCAGCAUGUAGCGGUUUCUCAUCAUGGACUGCGAUUGAUAAAAAGGAAUUCGAACGGAAAUUUGACGAUUUUGGAAACAUUGCCAUUGGAGGACAUUGUCUCUGUGGGUACAACAAGGGCUGGAAUUUGUAUGCUGCAAGUUUCUUCUGGAGUGCGUCUUCCUCUUCACACGAAUCGUGCACCACAACUCGCAGAUAUGAUUGGAAGAUACAUCCGGCUGGUUGAACAUAAACCAUUGCACAAGCCAAUUCAUCACGAGAAUCAUGUCUCGCAGAUCACCAAGUCGAUUCAAUCGCAGGCCAAUCACGUAUCAUCUCAUAUGGGACACAACCAGUCGUCGCACAACCAAUCCAAUUUCAAUCACGUAAAUGAUCAUGAAGGACACUCGUCUGCGUCGAGGAUCUCGAAUCAUGUGUCAGCUGCAAACCAGAUCAACAACGUUCAUCAUCAGAAGAAUCAGAUGAAUAAAAACACUGAGAAUCAAGAGUGGCGGCAUCAGGAAGAGACUGGCCGCUCACAGGAAGAAAGUAUAUACGAGAGUGGACCAGUUGUAAAUGAUGGAAAGCACUCGUUGUUACAAUACGCAAUGCUCAAUUUCCGACAAAGUACCGAAAAAUUCGAGAUGUUGAAAACGGCCGAUGGUUCAAUCAGUGGUUCGUUAAAAGUAAUAGAAUCGUUGAAAAGUAAAAAGAAGAAUAAAAAGAACAAAGGUCAACAGGAUAGUGCAGAAUGGACUUGGAAGGAACAGGUAGACCUAGUUAAGUACUCGGCAGUUCCUAUUGAACAGAGUCUUUUACGUUUGGACAACGAGUUGAGUGCCCUUGCUGUAAAAUGCUUCCUGUACCUGAUGAGAUACAUGGGCGAUCAGUCACUUCCGCCAGACAUGAAUGAGGUGAAGUGUGUCUACACAAUACUAAUGCACUGCCAUAAAUUUGAACAGCUGUGCGAUGAAGUUUAUUGUCAAUUAAUGAAGCAAACGACAAAUAAUAAAAGUCCAAAUCCAGAAAGUUGUCAACGAGGAUGGCGAAUUUUCAGUAUAGUCGCCGCUUAUUUUACAUGUAGUGAUGGUCUGAAGCCGUAUCUUACAAAAUAUUUAGAAACUGCCGCCUAUGAUAAAAGACGAGCUUAUCAUGGUACGGCUACGGUUUGUUUGCAAAAUUUGCGAAAAACUGUUAAAUACGGAGGUAGAAAGAAUGUUCCCAGUGUUGAAGAAAUAAUGGCAAUUAGCGCCGGUAGAAAUGCCAAGAGACAGAUCUAUAGAUUACCUGGAGGAACUGAGAGAGUGAUAAAUACUAAAUGCACCACCGUUGUACAAGAUGUUAUUGAAGAAAUGUGUAACGUAAUAUCCGUAAGAAGUCCAAAUGAAAUGGAUGAGUUUUCGCUUUAUUGCAUCGUUGAUGGUGAUGCUUUUACUAUGCCUUUAGCACGAGAUGAAUACGUGUUGGAUGUGACUACUGAACUUUAUAAAAAUCAUCAGGUGUUCUACUUAAUAUUCUGCAGAUCUGUUUGGUAUUAUCCACUUCGGCUUGACGCUCCAUUGUACAUAGAAGUGGUAUUUAAUCAAAUUGCCCCAGAUUAUUUGGAAGGCCUAUUGUUAGUUUUACCCGGUGAUCAUUUACCCCAGGAAGUAAUAUACGACAUGGCCCAAAUCGCAGCACUGUUACAUAGAGCAGCGGAUAUGACACAUGAACCAACCACAAAGGAAGUUAAAUACCUUCUUCCUAAACCAGCUCUCAGUUUAAGGGAACCACGACCACAGCAAUGGGCCAAUAUGGUCCAACAAGCGUGGAAUAAUAUUAUGCAUAAUCCACCAGCCGGAUGUAAAGCUCAAGUUCUCGAAAUACUGUCAAAGUGGCCACUAUUUGGAUCCAGUUUCUUUGCAGUCAAGAGAGUGCCAGAGGGAAAAGAAAAAGGCGGCGACCACAUCCUUGCUCUAAACAGACACGGCGUUCUUUUUAUCGACCUCAUUACGCACGAAACACUCUAUCAUUAUCCAUAUUCUGAGGUGAUUUCAACUCGCAAAGUGAAAUCCGAGGAAGGCACUUUAUAUCUAGACAUGAAAUGCGGCAAUCUGAUGCAGCAACGAAUAACGAGACUUCAAACUGAGCAAGCUCAUGAGAUCUCGCGUUUAAUUAGACAAUACAUCACAAUGGAACAAAGAUCGACAAAUAAUCCGGGUCCUCCCAUGGGAUUCGAUCGAUUUAGAUAAAUCAUCCACAAUCUUCUUCCAAAUGCAAUUUGUGUAUAUCAGGGGAAAGAAAGUUCAUUUUAAAGGGAUCAGCCAUUAUUUUCUUACUAUAUAUAUAUACGAGAACGACGUUCAUUUAGAGAGGAUAGCGGUUCCAGAAAGAGAAAGAGAAAAAAAAAAAAACAAAUGCUCAAGUAAUUAAUCGAAUUAUCGAUUUUGUAAAUACGCGUAGGCACGGUUAGAUAAAAAAAAGAUGACCAUAUAUAGAGAACUUAAAUAUUUCGGGGUAAAAAUUAUUGUACAACCUCGAGAAUUUUUAGAUUAGAGUUCUCUAUUAUCAAAUAUAUUUUUUCCGAUUGUUUUCAAUCUUUCGGAUAUUAUUUAAAUGCGCAAAAAAAUGAAUUGUCACGAUUGUAACGUGAAUCAGUCGUAGUUAUUUAAAAAAAAGAAAGAAGUACGCCUAGAUGUAUUUCAUUUUAUUAAGAGAAAAAAAAAUUAAGAAAAGAGAUCUGCUGUAAGUUUUUAGUUGUGAAUGUUUUUUUAUUUAUAAAGAGUAAGAAAAAAAAGAGAAACUGUAAGUUACAGCAAGUUAUUUUGUUUGUUAAGAAAAAUAAACAUGUAUAAUUAGAAAACUAAUCUUAACGAUUACGUUGUUAAGACAAAGACUAACAGCUUGCGAUUAUUACAAGAUUACAUUAUUAAUAUUGAUAAUGUAUAUGUAUAUGAUGUAAUGUCGGAGAGAAGAUAUAAAUUUUUAUUAAAAAUUUUUAUGCCAAA